AUGUUGCCAUUUUUGUAUUUAAACAGUACAAGCGUUUUUCAGGAUUUUAUCACUGCGAAUCAGCAUAUUAUACAUUUGCAAGUGCAAGUGCAAAGAAAUGACGAACGGUUCAAGUGUGAGGAUUGUGAGUACAGCGGAACUUGGAAAGAAUUAUUAAAUCAUAAGAAUAGUGGUGAAACAUGUAAAGACACUAAAAACAAAAAGAGGAAAGGGCCAAAAACUCACUAUUGCAUGAAAUGUAAAUUUAGCACGAGUUCGUUCAAUGAAUUUCAGAAACAUAAUUUGUCGUGUGUGAAUUUACCUUUUAAAUGCUACUUCUGCGAGUUUAAAAGCUUCUCGCAGUUUCCCUUUGAAAUACACGUUUAUGGGCGACAUAAAAAACAAAAUGACACGGAAAAAAGACACGUUUUCAAAAACGAAUUGUUUUCGUGCGACAAAUGCGAACAUGUCGGGGUUAAAUCGGGUGCACAGCAUGUGUGCGACCCCAGGAAAGUCAAGCUAAAACAACUAAAAAAGCAUCAUUGUGAGCACUGCAAUUUUUCCUGCACAGAGAAAUUCAGUUUGAGACAGCAUUGCUGUUCGCUUCACAAAACAAUGAAAGAGUUUGAAAAAAAAGGCGAAUUGUUCUAUCAAUCUAAAUCCAAUUAUUACGAGUGUCCAUACUGCCAAUUUUUUCGUGCUGCAAAGAUUUUGACGUUUCAAAAGCACGUUUUGAAUAAACAUUGGGAGCAAAAUUAUGUCGAGAAAAAAGUAAACCUUAUCAUCCUACAAUGCAACCAAUGUCCCUUCAGCACGUUAAAAAACGGAAAAUUAUGGGAGCACGUCUUACAAUGCCAUAAAGGAACGUCCCUCAAGAACGCUAAAAACCCUGUUAUAAAGCAUGAUAAAAAAUUAAAAGAAUGCAAAAAAUCGCUGUACAAAUGCGUACAAUGCCCGUACGAAACAGCAAGUGUUUUGGACGUUGUAGAUCAUCAAAACACUUGUAAGGAGGUCAUUGCAAACAUAGAUACAAAUGGUUUGUACAAGGUAAAACGUGUCAAACAAAAAGAUCAUCAAAACACUUGUAAGGAGGUCAUUGCAAACAUAGAUACAAAUGGUUUGUUCAAGGUAAAACGUGUCAAACAAAAAGAUCAUCAAAACACUUGUAAGGAGGUCAUUGCAAACAUAGAUACAAAUGGUUUGUUCAAGGUAAAACGUGUCAAACAAAAAGAUCAUCAAAACACUUGUAAGGAGGUCGUUGCAAACAUAGAUACAAAUGAAAUAUCGACAUGCAACAAACAAGUUCUAAAUAUCAACGCGCAACAAGAAUGUCCUUAUUGUGAUUUUCAAGCUCCUGACAUGUAUAACCUCAAAUUGCACGUAUGCCAAGAUCAUAAAGAACAAAAUAAAGUGGAAAAGAAAGUUGAUACCAGCAUUAAAAAAUAUUAUAUAUCAUGUAAAAACGAUAGUAAGAGGCAAACAGCUGACGAAAAUACUUUCACGAAAGAUGGCACUUGCCCAUACUGUCCAAUAAUUAUAAAGAGGAUCUUUUUUUUGCAAAAGCAUGUUUACUUUAAUCAUAGGGAACAAAAUGAAGCCGAGAAGAAGUGUAAAUUUUCCAGUUAUUUCUUAAAAAAGUUUUCUAGCAUUGAAACACGUAAAUCUUGCCCCUACUGCAACUAUAAGGCGAAAUUUCAUCUGCAAAGACACGUGUAUAGAUUGCACAAGGAACAAAAUGAAAUAGAGAAGAAAGUGAAGAUUACAAUUAAAAUUAAUUACUGCGAUAAUUGUAGUUACAGUCAUACAGAUCACUCGGCAUUUCAGAGACAUGCAAAGAAAUGUAAGAAGGAUGGACCAUUACUGCAAUGUCCUGAUUGCACUUACAGCACUAACUCCAAUGAGAAACUUAAUACCCACGUUAAACAUCACACCAAUCCUGAACUAACCUGUUCUUUUUGCCCUUUUACCACAAAAAGUAGAAGUUCAUUUAGUAACCAUAAGAGAAAACACAAGGCAUUCAAGGUUAAAACAUCAAAUAAACGCCACUCCCCUAGAGAUAUGCCGACCCAGCCAAUACAAAAACCUUUCAUGGUAAUAAAAAAAAAAGUUCGUGGUCAAAAGUCCUCAAGACGGAAAUUAACAUGUCCUUACUGUAACCACGAAACAUAUCGUAACCGGGACUUGUACGGUCAUGUGAUCAGUAUGCAUCUUGAGCAGCACGAGGUGGAGAAAAAACUGGAAAUAACGUGCAAGAUGUAUAGUUGCGAUAAUUGCAAGUUUUCUACGCUCACGAAGAAAUAUUUUAAUCGUCAUGCUAAAGUUUGCAAAAAAUUAAACGGACCAAUUUUGACUUGCCCUUAUUGUACGUUUAUAACCACUUUAGAAGAUAGGAUGAAAAGACAUGUUAAGAAGCACAUUGUUAUUAAUUGUGUGUACUGUGACUAUACGUCAACUGACAACGGAUAUCUGCAAAGUCACAUCUUUGCGAAACAUAAGGAGCAAAAUGAGUUGGAGAAUAAAGUGGCGAUUAAAAUCAAAACAUACUCUUGCGCGUACUGUAACUUUAGCACCCCGAAAAACCAAUCGCUGCAAAGGCACAUCAUGGGGAAGCACAGAGAACAAAAUGAUUUGGAAAAUAAAGUCGCGAUAAGAAUAACAACGUUUUCUUGCGUGUACUGUGACUUUACAACGGUACGAAACCAAGUGUUACAGACGCAUAUUUUUAAGAACCACAAAGAACAAAACGAGCUGGAAAAUAAGGUACCAAUACGAUUAAAAUUCUGCGAGUACUGCGAAUUUUCAACAGUGGGAACUCAAGCGUUACAAAGGCACGUUUUUGCCAACCACAACGAACAAAAUGAAAUGGAAAAGAAGGUGCCUGAAAAUUCAAAUACAUGCAGAUACGACGAAUGUGCAUUCACAGGACAGGAACACGAAGUUACACAGCACAUGGUCGAAGAACACAAAUAUGAAAGAAUAUCGACAAUAAUCGCAGUAAAUUGUCCGUACUGUAGUUUCUAAUCGAAGCGGAUGCAAAACCUGCAAGUGCACGUACACAGAAUGCAUAAAAAACAAAACGAUGAGGAGGGAAAAAUGCAGAUGACGCUACCGAGAUGGGUCUCUCAAAAGUACGACAUAAAAAAAGAAAAAUGCCCCUACUGUGGGGGUAAACCAAAAUAUAGAAACCAGUUGCAACUGCAUGUCUACAGAAAACAUUACGAAGAAAAUAAAGCGGAGAAGAAAGUAAAAAUUACAUAUAAAAUAUAUAGUUGCGAUGUUUGUAGUUUCAGCACGUUGGAAGGUAAACUUUUCGACGACCACAUACAAAUAUGUAAAAAAUUAAAGGCAAACAUUUUAACCUGUAAUCAUUGCUCGUUUACCACGACAUUUAACAAGCAAUUGGAAAGGCAUGUUAGAAAACACACAAAACCUAGUUUAAAAUGUUUUUACUGUGACUACACAACAAUAAAAAUGGAUCAUUUGCGUGGGCAUACAUUUAGAAUCCACAGGGAACAAAAUGAGUUGGAUAAGAAGUUGAUAAUUAACACUUACAAAUGUAAUUACUGUGAGUUUGUAACAUUUGAAAAGAGGUUGUUGCAAAAGCAUUUAUUUAGCGAUCACCGGCAAAAAUACGAGUUGAAGUACAAAGCCACGAUACAACCGUGUGCCUACUGUGACUUCACAACAGUUGGAAGCCGAAAUUUGCAAAACCACGUCUAUAGCAAACACAAAGAACAGAAUGAGAUGGAAAAUAAAGUUGCCAUCGAAAUAAAAAUUUACUCUUGUGUUUACUGCGAGUACACCUCAGCUAGCAGCAAGUCGUACCAAAUACACGUUUUCAACAAACAUAAAGAACAAAAUGAUUUGGAAAAAAAGGUACCGAUAGUGUCAAAAACUCACACCUGCGAUAACUGCGACUUCACCACAUUGGAAAAACUAGCCUUAAACACACAUUCAAUAAAAUGCAAGAAAAUAAAACUUAAAAAAACCUUUAAAUGCGACGUAUGUACGUACAGUACAACUACAAAUAGAAUUCUCCAGGUGCAUAAAAGAAGCCACAAAAUUCCAAACGUCCACUGUCCUUACUGUAAGUAUGUGGGUAAAGAUAAAAACGCAUUGCAAAGGCAUGUGAUCAACAUACACGAGGAGCUAAAUAAAACCAAGAAAAUGGUUGACAUAAAUAUUAAAAUUUAUAGAUGUGAAUUUUGUAAUGGGUAUUCGACUGUCUUUAAGAAGAGAUUCCUAGCCCAUAAAUGCGAUUUAAAAACCAAAACUACUCGAACGCAUUGUUUAAAUAACAAGAAACAAUUAAAAAUUAAUAUUACCAGACACAUAUUUAACUGUAAAAAUUGCCAUUUUAACACAUUAAGGGCUGAUUAUUAUACCAAACAUAUUAAGACGUGUGUAGGCACUUGACGUAUUGUGGGGUUUUAUUUUUCCCUGAUAGCAAAAUUUGAUUUUAAGAAUCUUCUUGGUAGAUAUGACCCGGAAUAAUGGAAUAUUCUUAGAACCUUCCCUUAUUGCUAAGAAUGUUCUUACGGACUUUUAAAACAUUCAAUAGAUACCCUUAUAAUGAUGCAAUUAGUUUCUUAAAAGCUUCUUAAAACCUUCCUAAAAAGCAUCCUAAGAACAUUUUAAGAAUACGUUUUUGGAAUGUUCUUAGAAGGUUUCUUAUGGAGCUUCUAGGAAGCUUUUGAGAAUAUUUCCAAAUAUGUCAGAUACCUACGUUCUAAUAU